ACAGCAACCAAUGUUUUUGCAGGGUGCAAGUAUUUUGUUUUUUUUGUCCUCAAAUGGAAGGAUUAAAUGGUUACAUGUACUUAUCAAAAUAACUAGCGGAACGCAUUAAUACAGGCAGCACAAGCAUGUGUAAAGGUGCUGGUAAGCAGACCAACCCUCACCCUCUGGACCUGCCCAUCCGAGGAAAGAUCCCUGUUGUUUCUGGGGUGCCCAAUGUCUACCACACAACCCGGCUCUGUGAGAGGUUGUUCCAGCCGAAGAGUGACUUUGACCUCACGGACCCCAACGGCUACCUGUUGAGCUCUGAGUACAGCAGUCUCCAUGACCCCAACCUCAGGAAGUACCUGCACCGCAAAGACAUCCACCAACGCCUCCUUAACCUGGGCUUCAUCACCAAGGAUGAGAAAAUUAUCUGUUCAGUCAAAGAGUUGAACCGCUAUAGAGAUCACCUGGCGGAUGUGGAGUUGGACUGGGGUCGGAGAUUCAGGACUGAACAGAAAGAGUCCGUGCGUAAGUUCCUGACCCUCCAGCAGCAGGGUCAGAUCCCUGAACACGUGACUCUAUCUGAUGUCACAGAGUGGUUACUGCACAGGGGAAGGAGCCUCUUCAGGAAGAGACAGCAGUCCAAAAGGGCCAGAAAGUUCCCUUCCAAGUAUGGGCUGGAGGAGGACUGUUAUCUUGCUAGACUGCCCAGUAUUGCUAUGGCGGGCAACAUGGUAGAUCUAGACUGCUGCUCCAGCCCCACCUGCAGGUCGGAACUGUUGUGGAAUGCUAAGGGCCGUGCGUUGCUGCAGGAGGUCAGCAAGGAGGUGAAGAGGGAGAUGAGGCUGGAGCAACGUUGGGUCACAAGCCAACAGGAAAAAGAGAAAAUGAAACGGGAGAGACAACAGAAGAGACGUCUCAAAGGCAGGAAGAAAGAUUCUCCAACCAAGACAGAUUCACAAGACAACCUAGAGAGCAUGGACAACAUCCUGAUAUCGGUAUCAAAUCCUGACAACAACCAAUUCGACCCCUCUGAUCAUCACUCCUUACCUUCUCCAGUGGAACAGAAAUGUGACGUAACGAGAAAACUCUCGGCUCUGUGUCACAACAUGGUCGAAGCAGUGAAUCAGAAGUCCAUCAUCUCUGCCCACAACCUCUUUGCUGAGGGACCAGGGCUGGUUGACUCUGUCUCCUCCACCUUGGUGACCUGUAGCAGUCUGAUUGGACAAGCUGGCUCCCUUCAGUCCAUCACCCAGCAACUGUCUGAAAUAGAACAGAGGCUACUGAAGGAGCAUUUUAAAGGAACUAUCACCACUGAGGACCUACACACCAUCAUACACAGUGUGGUGGUGACCGUAGUGGAGGAGGUCAACGGGAUCCUCAUCCCAGCCAUCAUGGCCUUCGAGUAUGAGCGCCUAACAGGCUCCGUCAGCUCCAGUGACAUACCCAGCAGCGACGUACCCACCUACAGCAGCCCCUCCUCCUCGGACUACUACCGGACAUCCUCCUUCAGCACUAGCCUGCAGUCCUCCUCCCCUCAGAUAGGGCUGUCCAGCCCUACGCCUACACCUCCCAUCAUGCCGUUCAAACCUACCACCGGAGUCAUCAGACAGAGGACAUUGACCGUGAGCUUUCCUGAAGAGGCUGAUCGAGAGUCUGAGAGAGAAACUGAGGGAGAGGCAUCUCUCUCAGUGGACCAGGCUGCCUCCAGUAGCCCAAGCCCUUCUGAAAACCAAUCCUCGCCUUUGGAGACAAGUCCUCUGUGCUUGAGGUCUUCAGGAACCAGUUUUGAAUCUGCUGGAACCCAUUUGGAAUCUUCUGGAUCCAGUCUGGGGUCUUUAGGAACCGACCUGCUGGUGAAGGUCGAGGCCGUUAUUCAGGAGGUGAUAAGGGGAGCCGUAGAUAAACUAGAGACCGAGAGGAACAACAGGCACAGAAGAAGGGUGAGAAACAUGAGUCCUGAGGAAAAGACUGAGAGUUUCUCCAAGAGUACUGAGGCUGCAUCAAGAGAGAGUAGUGGUGAGAGGAGAGUCAGGGGAGUGGGGAGCAAUGGUAAGAAGGUGGAGACUGUUGCAGAUAGAGUGGCAAAGACAGAAGUGUCGACUAUUGCAGACACAACAGCCAGGACUCAACUUCUGACUAUUGAAGAUACAACGGCUAAACUGGAGAUAAAGAAAGUCGAGAUUAUUGCUGAUGUGAUACCCAAGACUGCAAGUAAGGUGGUGGCCACUACGAUGGAAAAGGUGGAGGCUAAGGAAGGGGAUACUCUUGCAGAUGUGAUGGCAAGGACUGAAUUUACAGAGGUGCCAAUUAUUGCAGGUACAACUGCCAAGAAUGAAGUUCGGGAAGUGGAGACUAUUGCAGAUGUAACGGAAAAUACCAAAAUUAAGGAAGUAGUUGAGGUUAACAAGAGGGACACCCAAGAGGCAAAGGUAAAGGCUAGUUUUGAGACAGAGGUCGAGCUGACUAAAAGGUUGGACAUUGACACGAAAACGGAAGAAGAAGCCAAUGCUGAGAUGAACCCAGAUGAACAAGACAAUACCAUAUCGGAGAAUAACAACAGAUGCUUUGAGCUUAUUCUAACAGCUAGAGAGGCCAAGAUAGAUGAGAAAAUAGAAUGCAAGGUAGAACUCAGGGAUGAGAAUAUUGGUGCAAAGAAUGAAACUAUGGAUGCAAAGGAUUCUGUUGAGAAUGCACAUGCUGAGAAAAGUGAACACAGCCACGUAAGCCCUGAGCUAUUUCAGUCAUCAUCAGACAAUGAUGAAGGUGGUCCUUCGAUGUUCCCCAUGACCAGCAUGUUGAAGAGCGCUGCCCUGUCCUCGGACCAGGUUGAUGAGAUCCUAGACAAGGUGAUCGAUGUUCUGACUGGGGAGGGCCACAAGUUCAUCUUCUCAGAGUACAGGCCAAGUAUGACCUCAAGCCCAGACUCCACGGUGUGUAUUGCCUCAAGCCCAGAAUCUAGACCAGGUCUUACCUCUACUCCAGUGGACAGAACAAGCAGUUCCUCCAUCCCUGAGGCCAGGCCAAGCAGUUCCUCCAUCCCUGAGGCCAGGCCAAGCAGUUCCUCCAUCCCUGAGGGCAGGCCAAGCAGUCCCUCCAUCCCCGAGGCCAGACCAAGCAGUUACUCCAUCCCUGAGGUCAGGCCAAGCAGUUCCUCCAUCUCUGAGGGCAGACCAAGCAGUUCCUCCAUCCCUGAGGCCAGGCCAAGCAGUUCUUCUGCCACUCCAGGGUCUAGCCCCAGCAGUGAGUCUCUGUGCUGCAUGUCCAGCGGCCACAAUCAGGAGAUCAAUGUCCAACUCCCAUCUGACCCAUCUGGUAAGCUCCUAGGAGGCCAGGCCAGCACCCCGAGGCCUCAAAACCCACUGAUGCUCAGUGAAGGGGAUCUGUCAGACAGGGAGCUAAUGCCCUAUGCCAACAGCAUUAUCAACAUUAUCAUGCAGAAGAUGCACCAUGACGAUGACCUCUACGAGUCCGUGGGUGGCCAGAAACCACUGUCCCCAAGAAGGCGAUCACGCUCAGCUCUUCUGUCACAAUACUCUCCUCAGGACAACUCUGAGAUCUCUGUGCUUUACAUCUCCAAGAGGGCUGAUCGGAAAUCACUGAAGUCAGUUGAUCCGAAGGCCCUGAGAGUAGUCAGGUGGGUGCUGCAGACCAUCCAUAGACGCCAUGGGUGGCUGGGUCAGGCUAACGAUCACAGCAGACAGGCCAAAGAAAGCUUGCUGCUCUGUGAUGUCAUCCAGGUCCUGCUUGAGAAGCUCGACCACAAGAUGGCCACUACUGGAGAUCUACAGGUGGCACCUACCCAAACAUAUGCCCUACAUACUGACGACCGCUUCAAGACGAAGUUGCAGGAGGCUACAGUUGAACCCAUCAGCGAUAUCAUCGGACAUCUGUCCAUCAACCUGCUGAGGUCCGAGUCUUGCUUCGUGCCGAAGAAGAGAUGGUCGUCGUCAAGCACCCGGGCUAAGAGCGUCUCAAUGACCAACCUGGGGAGCCGAGCUGCGGCUUCGGCUGUGGCCAUGGACAUCAGCUCCAAUGUGGUUGAGAAGCUCAAAGAGGCCUCAGGUAGCAGCAAGACCACCUGCUCGAUGACUAGCCUUCGGGACGUUGUCCGAGCCAUGGCCGUCAGCCAACCAGAGCUCAGCCAGCAGGCCACCUCAUGUGGGUCAAAAAUUCACAAUGUUUACAGGGAGGUUCUGGAGAUCGUUGUGACCAAGCUGAGGAGUUUUGUCACCAAAGGGGGAUCAUUUCACAAGCCCACAGAGCACUUAGCGCAGAAGAUGGCAGAGAGCUGCCUCGAGGUAGAAUGUGCUUUCAUGGAGAUUCUGCAGACACUUAAGAGUCACGGAACAGGCGAUGAGGCAUGCAGCGCCUGGGCAGUUGACUGCAUGUCCACGACUAUCUCUGACACCAUGUUUAAACGUGUGACUGAGGGGGGCCAUCCUCCUCAUGUCUCUGGGGCAACGGUCACAAACUGUGGUCCAAUCAGAAUCAGUGAUGUUAACCAGAAGCGGCCUAUCAAGAUCAAGGCUAGAAUGUCCAGGUCCUCCGUGAACCUCCUACAAACCACUGUGGAAAAGUUUGUGCAUAAGCUGACGGGUGAGCGGGUGUCCAUCCCAGAACUAGGAGAAGGAAUGUCUACUUCUACCAGUCCCCAGCAAGGAAAGGAUCCUGAGAACCUACGUAGGCCACAGAGUGUUCAGAGGAGAUUCACUACUGAGCCUCCCUCCGAGCUCUCGCCACGGAGCCAACUGAAACGGGAGGAGCUAAUUAGUAUGCUGUGUGCAUUGAUGAGCAAAUCCAUCAUUAGCUCCUUGUCUUUGGAUAGAGCUUUUCAGGUUCCAGUUGACGCAGUCUCGGAUACAAAGGAAAGCAAAGCUUCUGCUGUGAAGCUGGGUAGGAAUACCAGCACACUGGUGCCAACGCCCCCUCCUCGCCCCACCCACACGGAUAAUAAGCCUGUCCAAGAGGACAGCAGGAGGAGAAUCCGACCUCUCCGUACUCUUCAGGCUGCCAAGAGGGUGGUCAGCUCCAUGGACUUGGGCAUUUCCCGGACCACUAGUAGAAGCAGUGGGGUGGUAGGUCAGCUGGCGUGUCCAGCCAAAAGCAACAACAGUCUCUUCAGCGAGCCGCCAAGCACCUCUGCAGCCAGUUCAAACACAUCCCUAGUAGCCUCUGAGAUCACUGAGAAUUUGGUGUGUCAGCUCCUCCAGGGUGAUUCUCCAGACUUCGUGUCAUCCAGCAACCACACCACCCCCAGAGGAACAACAUUCAACUAAUGGAACUGCAGAAACAUCGUUUUCUAAAUAUCUAGGCUUAAUAAAAAAUAAUUUUGCGAUGACA